GAAGCUUCCCAAAGAGCCGCCGGCCUCAGAUCUGGCACUGCAGGACGCGCACAAGUCUCGGGAGUCAGUCCUCCUCCUCCUCCUCCUCCCUUCACCAUGCGUCCAACAAGACUCUCAGCUCCGCAGUGACAAGCGUCUCCACCGCGGCGAGACUUUCACCGUCUGAGCGAGCAGAUUGUUUGUGCGCAAAAAAGCGAAAUCGAGGAGGAACUGUGCGUUUUUUGCGCUUUUUUUUUUUCUUCCCUCCGCUGGGAGCUAAAAAAAAAAAAAAGGCGGAGUUGAGGGUUUCUGGAGGAUUUUUUUUUAUUACUGUUAUUAUUUAAAGGGGAAUAUUUUGGUCCAAGCCUUUUACCACCGACAUGGAGUACACAUCAUCCCCGAAACCGCAGCUCUCAUCCCGGGCAAAUGCUUUCUCCAUAGCCGCCCUGAUGUCCAGUGGGAAGCCCAAUAAGGACAAGGAGACGGAGGAGAACACCAUCAAGCCUCUCGAGCAGUUCGUGGAGAAGACCUCCUGUAACCAGCAGUCUCUGGCUGACCUGUCCUCUCUGGACGGCCACGGGGACUUCAGCGGGAGCGCGCCUGCCGUGUGCACGGAGCCGCUCAUCCCCACCAAUCCCGGCAUCCCCAGCGAGGAGAUGGCGAAGAUCUCGUGCAGCCUGGAGACUAAAGAGCUGUGGGACAAAUUUCACGAGCUCGGCACCGAGAUGAUCAUCACCAAGUCCGGAAGGAGGAUGUUCCCCACCAUCCGGGUCUCUUUCUCCGGGGUGGACCAGGACUCAAAGUACAUCGUGUUGAUGGACAUUGUCCCGGUGGACAACAAGCGGUACCGGUACGCCUACCACCGCUCCUCCUGGCUGGUGGCCGGCAAGGCCGACCCUCCUCUGCCCGCCAGGUUGUACGUCCACCCGGACUCACCGUUCACCGGAGAGCAGCUGAUGAAACAAAUGGUUUCCUUCGAGAAAGUCAAACUGACAAACAACGAACUGGACCAACACGGACACAUCAUCCUCAACUCCAUGCACAAGUACCAGCCACGGGUCCACAUCAUCAAGAAGAAAGACCACACCGCCUCGCUGCUCAACCUCAAGUCCGAGGAGUUUCGCACCUUCGUCUUCGUCGAAACCGUCUUCACCGCCGUCACGGCCUAUCAGAACCAGCUGAUAACCAAACUCAAGAUCGACAGCAACCCGUUUGCUAAAGGUUUCCGGGACUCGUCGCGGCUGACAGACAUGGAGAGCAGGGAAAGUGUUGAGAAUCUGAUCCACAAGCACUCGUACGCCCGGUCGCCGAUCCGAACAUACACCGGCGACGAGGACAACCUGGGCGAGGACGGACACGUCACACACGGCAGAGGUUCAGCGUUCACCGCCUCAGACAACCUCUCUCUGAGCUCCUGGGUCACCACCACCUCGGGCUUCUCGGGCUUCCAGCACCCGCAGUCCCUGACGGCCAUGGGCACCGGCACCGCCUCCCUUCCCCACCCCAUCCAGGGCUCCCUGCCGCCCUACAGCCGGCUGGGCAUGCCGCUGACGCCCACCGCUCUGGCCGGAACCAUGCAGGGCAGCGGGCCGUCCUUCCCCUCCUUCCACAUGCCCCGCUACCACCACUACUUCCAGCAGGGGCCCUACGCCGCCAUUCAGGGACUGCGCCACUCCUCCACGGUCAUGACGCCCUUCGUAUGACUCUGUCCUGGGGAGGCGACAGCCGAACCUCACGCUAACGUCCACCCCCAAUCCAGUGCAACAAGUUAUUUCUCCACGCCGGCUCAUCACUCCUCAUCCAGUUUGUAUCUUUCCCCUCUGGUCUUUGUAAAUAGUUCCCCUCACUGAGCGAGGUGGUGGUACCAACAUGAAGAGGAUGAGGUUCACUGAAAGCCAAGCCAGAAAAGAAGACGGACUGAAAGAACCCCAGGACCUGCGGGACCACCAGCAGGUUUCAACAAACUCUUUGGUGACAUUGUACAAACUAUAAAACCUAAAGCAAGACAAGACGGUAAAGGGAGCAUGUUUGAUCUUGGCCCUUGAUGAACAGUGGAUCCUCAACGUAAACUCAUUUUAACAAUAUUUAAUAAGACCCUGUCUCCCUCUAAAGAUUCAACACUCACUGGCUACAGGGUCUCCACCGAAGCUUUAAAGAUGGCAGGUUGCCCUGAACUGACUCACCUGACGCGACAGUAUGUUGGACAGCGGCGACUCUGAGUCUGUGAACGUUUCAGCAUAUCAGAGAGGCAGAACGGUCGUCUCAGCUUUUCUGUGUUUUCUAGAAAGCCAGCCAUAUGUACAGUACAAAGCUACAACUCCACGCUCUGAGGAAAAUAAUGUCAAAAACAUAAAGUUAAAAUGCAUUGUACAAAGAUGAAGAUGCUACAUUUACUCAUAGGAAAAAUUCUCACUGUAGAGUGCAAAAAAAAAAAAGAAAAAAAAAAUCAUAGGACGCAUGCAGACCGCAGUAGACAAACACACUGGGUAAACUUUAUAUGGAAUAAUAUGGGAUGAAUAAGAUCACCUGCAACAGGGGUGAAGGAUUUCUUCUUACUUUAAAGUAAAGGCCCGGUCAAACCAGCAAAAAUCUGCAGAAGCAUCGUCUUUGGAUUUCCUCACAGCGGCAGUGAAACUUCAUCAUUGUUCCACCUGAGGUUCAACUCUGGUGAACUCAUGCAAAUCCAAUAGCAAACCGUCUAGACACUGCUGACAGAAGAGAGUCCAAAGUGGAAGAAAUUACAGCUUAAACUGGAGCUUUUUGGCUGUGUUGUUUAUUUUAUCUCCUCUCUGGCUAAUGACAUUGCUAACUGACAAUUAGCAAAGCUCGUUAGUCAGGAGUUUUUUUUUCCUCUUCAAUAAUUCUGUCUUGGAUGAAACGUUUAACACUCCUGACAACAAAAUACAAAGAAACUAGAGGAGCGUUUGUGACUUGACUGUUACUAGCAUGUUAGCCGUUAGCUGAUCAGCUAGCCCUGUGAGUAGUCCCAUCUACCACCCCCUGUUUGACGAAGACUCGAUAACUGUGUUGCUGUCUGGAGUGACCGGGCCUUAAGUAAGAGGAAUCUAACCACAUAAUGUGUUGACUCCAUUAACAUCUGUUUUAAAAAUAUUCAUACUUCAGUUCUUUAUUUUAAGUGUGGCCAUAAAUGUAGCCCUAAUCAAUCUGUUUCCUGUGAUGCUGAGGGAAACAAAGAGGCAGAAGUUGAUCUCACUGAUGAUGCAUUGUAAUCUCUUCUAUGACAGAACAUACAGAAGCAUUUGAAGGGAAGCAGCAGCGUGAUUUCAUGUGUUUCUAUUGUAAACAGGAGGCAGCAUCUACUGUAUGUAGAAACAUCUCGUUUGACUCCACCAGGUUUUUCUGCUGCCGACCGUCGACUGCAGCCUGUUAGCAGCUGGUGUUUAGCAGAUGUUAGCGCGGGCUGAUUCAUGGCGGCGUCAGAGCUGCCGACAGGGCGUCCGCACCUGGAAAUAAUGGCUCCCUGCUGUUUCAUUUAAAACACACAGGGAGGAAGAAGCUGGAAGCUGCAGGAGUCGACUCACUCGCUCUGAGAUGGUGCAGCUGCAUUAAAAUGUAAAAGUAGUCAAAGUAAUUUAUUUGAAAGUUUUUAUAAAGAAAUUCAAAUACAAGCAGCACAGGUGAGAUGGUUCUACCUGGAGUGACUGCUGCUGUUUUGAGGUGCAUUUUAUUAUGAAGAUAGAUUUUCAAUUCAGAAGCUCCACAGCCAAAAAAGUCUGAGAAACCACAGCUAGACUGAUGGACAAUAUUAGUUUUCCGUUCCAUAGUUUGACCUUGAUGAGACUAUUUCAACUGUAAGAUUCUUUUACAGCCGUAAUAACAAUUAUAAUUAUUGAUCAGAUUGAUUAAUUCUUUGUUUUGUCUUCAAAAAAUGUCAGAAUACCCAAAAUAACUUCCCACAGCUCAACGUGAUUUAUUCAGAUUGCUUGAUUUAUCCAACCAACUGUCCACAGCACAUAAAAUAUUCAGUUAAUUAUCAUAUAUGACACAGAGAAGCAGCAAAUCCUCAUGUUGAGAAGCUGGAGUCGGUGAAGUUUUGUCAUUUUUCUGCUUGAAAACCAACUGAAAGGAUCAGAAGAUGAAUUAAUCGAUCAACCGAUUUAUCAUUUCAGCUCAGUGAAAUGUUGAAAGUUGAAUGAUUCUCAUCAAAUCAGUUUGUUUAUGUUCUACAUUUAUGAAAAAAAAAUCUUGGCUGAUAUUUUGUUGUCUCAUUUUUAAACCCUAAAAUACCAGUAUCAGUCUCAGCCGGACUCUGUCAUGACUCUAGUGCAGCGAUCUGUUCUGUUCUGUCUUGUUUUAUGAUACAGAGGCUAAUUUCUCAAAUUACUGACACAGUUUGAAGCAUGUUGGAAAGACUAAUAAUCAUCAUUUUUCACUGGGAAAUCUGACUUUUAAGAAGACACACUGAUUAAUAAGAAAAUUGUUGGUUUGGAGGGAGGUUUCUUGCAGCGAGUCCGUCUGUCAUGUUUAUGCACAAAACCUUGUUGAAUCAUGAAAGCACCAGCGUUAGCUUCAUCCAGAGGUGUGUGUCAUGGACGAAGAUGUUUUUUAGUUCUGUGGAAGCAGAAUUUCAAAGUAAUGAUAAAUGAGCUGUUACACAAACACACUGUAAAUGUCCUGGUUUGACUUGUGCCACAUUUUUACAUUUAUCAUACGAAGCCUGUUGCUGUUCUGACCCCUUGCAUAUCAUUAAUGUGCAAGCAGUUAAUUUUAUCUCAUCUGUUUUUUGAGGAAAGACAAGUACUUGGAUCCUUCACUCCCAUUUAUUUGCUUUGUAAUCAAAUCCAGGUUUUGUUCUGAUGUACAGCCUGAACUGAAUGUUGAUUUCCAUCUUUCUAAAUGUACAACACUUCCUUCAAACGUUACGCACAUUUCCGAUUUACCACUGAAAAUAAUCUGGGUUUUUUUUUUUAUUGUUUUGUUUCCUUUCGUAUGCCAUAAUCUGACACCGGAUGAGAUUGUGUUUUGAUGAUUUUUAAGUGCAAUAUAUUUAUUUUGCUCUCUGGAAAUAAUGUGUAAUGUACUAUGCCGCAUUUAAAAAAAAAAAAAAGUUAUUUGUAAACCUUGAGAAAUAUAUAUCACCACCCAAAUAUUUUGAGUUAUUUUUUUUCUCACUGACAUCAUGUACACGUUUCUCCCCCGCAGUGAUUGUCAGAAAUAAAUUAAAUCAUGAAAUGAUUUAAAAACCA